AUGUACGUCUGUCUCUCUAAGUUUCUUUACAUCUGUCAGACUGCCUCUCAGUCUGUAUAUUACUCUCUCUCUCUCUCUCUCUCUCUCUCUAUCUAUCUAUCUAUCUGUCUGUCUGUCUGUCUGUCUGUCUGUCUGAUUGUCUGUCUAUUGGUCUAUCUGUCUGUUUCUAUGUAUGUCAGUCUGCCUGUUUCUUCACAUCUAUCUAUCUUUCAGCCCGUCUGUCAGUCUGUAUAUUACUCUCCCUAUCUAUCUAUCUAUCUAUUUAUCUAUCUAUCUAUCUCAGUCUGUUCAUAUCUAUCUCAGUCUGUUCAUAUCUAUCUAUCUAUCUAUCUAUCUAUCUAUCUAUCUAUCUAUCUAUCUCAGUCUGUUCAUAUCUAUCUAUCUAUCUAUCUAUCACUCAAUCCAAUUAUAAAUAAGUGUCUCUCUAUCGUUCAAUCAAUCUAUUUCUUCAUCUCUCUCUCUCUCUCUCUCUCUCUCUCUCUCUCUCUCUCUUUCUCUUUCAAGACCAACCUCAAAACAUUAACCUAUCUUCCUAACAAGCUCGUUAUUCUACAAGCCAACGUAUUCCUGAUUCUAAUUUCGCAAAUUUAUUUCAUGUAA